GCUCCUCCGGCGCGCGCGCGCCCGAUGGCCGCGCAGGCGAUCCACCAGUUCGCCGAGUGCAUCACCUGCCACGCAUGGAGCCCCGACCACUCCAUGAUUGCCUUUUGUCCAAAUAACACCGAAGUACAUAUUUACAAGUUCAUCGCAGACAAGUGGGAGAAACUUCAUGUUCUUUCAAAGCAUGAUCAAAUAGUGUCUGGAAUAGACUGGGGUAGGUCUACAAACAAAAUUGUGACGGUUUCACAUGAUCGAAACUCAUAUGUUUGGACACAAGAAGGACAAGACUGGGUACCUACCCUUGUUAUUCUCAAGCUAAAUCGUGCAGCUUUAUGUGUCCAAUGGAGCCCAAAAGAAAAUAAGUUUGCUGUGGGAAGUGGUGCUAAGUCUGUAUGCAUUUGCUACUAUGAACAAGAGAACAACUGGUGGAUCAGCAAGAUUAUUAGGAAGAAGCAUGAAUCUACUGUCACUAGUAUUGCAUGGCAUCCAAACAAUAUACAUCUCGCAACAACUUCUACUGAUGGUAAAUGCAGAGUAUUUUCCACUAUCAUCAAGGGCGUCGAUACAAGGGGAUCACAAGGAAGCGCCUCUGCUGAUUGGAAAUUUGGCGAGCAAAUUGCUCAACUUGAUCUAUCAACUACGUGGGCAUUUGGAGUAAGGUGGUCACCAAGUGGAAAAACAUUGGCCUAUGCAGGGCACAGUUCCAUGAUUUAUUUCGUCGAGGAUGUUGAAGCGUCUCCAGCUGCUCAAAAUUUGGCACUGCGAGAUCUGCCUCUCCGUGAUAUUCUUUUUGUGUCCGAAAGAAUGGCGAUUGGUGUUGGGUUUGACUGCAACCCUUUGAUCUUUGCUGCAGACGAUACUGGACUUUGGAGUUUCGUCAGAUAUUUGGAUGAAAGGAAAGUUACUCCAUCAGCUUCAAAAGCCUCACAGCUCUCUGAAGCCCUGGGAAAGCUGUAUGGCCAAUCGAGGCAAGGGACAAGCAGUGACACUGUUGAACCAACGAAGCCUCGCGGGGGUGCUCAUGAAAACUGCAUAACGUGCAUCGUGCCCUUGAGAAAAGGGAGUGAGACUAUUGUCAAGCGGUUCAGCACAUCAGGAUUGGAUGGCAAGAUCGUGGUAUGGGAUCUGGAAAAUCACGUCACCAUCACAAAGUAG